AUGGAUACGGACGCAACAAAAUACCAUUCAAAGGUUGAAUUAACUGAGAGUGAAGAAGAUAAUAAUAAAAUUAGUGAAAACACGAGAAAUGUAAAUAAAUCAAUCUCUCAAAAACGUGUUUUAACGCCGCAAGAAAUUGCUAUAACUUUUCGAAUAAUGGCGUAUCGAAAGUGUGAGAGGCAAGUUAGAGGAAGAUAUCGUAGAAGGUCCUUGACGAGAGCAUUCUGGUUUAUUAUGUUUAUGAUGUUAUUCUUAUCAUUAAUGGGUGCUGGAAUUGGGGGACAGUUGGAAAAUGUUAGUGCUUGGAAUCGAUGGCCUGAAUUUGGAACAUUGGUCGCACUUUUUCUAGUUAUGAUGUAUGUUUAUUACAAGAUAACUGAAGUUGUUCGAUGGUGUUUUUACUGGCUAGCGAUCGCUACUUUAGCUCUUCUGAUUAUAAAUCGCGGGUCGAUUAUAGAUGAUAAAAAAUCGGGUUUUGCUUCAACGUAUGAGAGUCGUUUGGUUUUGAUUGUUCUUGGAGUAGUUGAAGCAUUGACUUUAAUAAUAUGGAUUCUAAUACGUUUUGGAUAUCCAAAGAUAGUAAGGAAUUUUACUUGGCUCGAUACAAUUUGGUGGUGGCGUAUUAAACCGCAUGAUACCAAAGGCAUUGAUGGUGAAACGGUUGGGUGCUUUCGUUAUUUCGCUUGGGAGAGUUAUAGUAUGUGGUUCAGGCAUGGUAUUGUAAAGUAUGUUGGUGAGGUGGAUGAAGAUGGUCAUCCUCAUGGGCUUGGUGAAUGGAUUGAUGAUUCAUUCGACGGUGAAUGUUUAAAAGGUAUUUGGGAACGUGGUGUACCCGUUGGUCCAUUCCAUUCAAGAGGUUCAGGUACUGGCGAUGCGUUUAAUUCUGUUCGUGUAGGGCUUGUUAAAAAUCGGCAUACACCUUGGGAUGAAUAUAGACCUUUCCCCAGACCAUAUCAGAGUGGAAUUGAAACCCUCGUAGCAUCCGUUGAAUGUUCCGUUUCUGGAAAGUAUUUUAAGCAUCUCCCUCGCGCUGAUAUAAUUUUACCACCAAACCUACAAAAUUCAACUGAAGAUGAUAAUGAAAGCUAUAUAUCACCGAUUGAAUAUUGUCUUGGACAUUUGAUGACUUUUGCAUCUGCAAUGGGCACUGAUUUUGCAGCGAAAGAAAUUUCUACAAUCACAAUAAGACUCACAGAUAAAGGUUUAACCAUCACGGGAUAUCAUCCGACUAGUUCAACUACAUCAAGAGACGAGAUAGUUGUUAGAAGAGUGCCAAUAAAGAAUAAGUUGAAUUAUUCUAAAAAAGAGUACGUUAUUGAAAUUGACGAAUGGCUUCCAUCAGGUAGCUUUUCCCCAUAUGCUUCAACUCAUUCAAUAAACCACAGCAUUCAAAGAAGUUCACAGGAAUGCAUUAUUUUCAUUCACGGAUUUAAUUGUCCAUCAAAAUUUGCAAUAGAAACAUUAGGUCAAUUUCUUGCUCUUGCCGAUUUACCUGAUUAUAUAAAGCCAUUUGUAUUUUCUCCACCCGGUGCAAAUUCAUUGUGGUAUUUUGGUUCUAAAAGUCUGGGCUCUUCCGAAGGAGCUAUGAAUGAUUUUCGAACUUUUUUACAAAAGCUUAGUGACGCCGGAUUUUGUAAUAUACAUAUUAUAGGACAUUCAAUGGGAUGUAUGCUUGCAAUUAAAUAUUUGGAUGUUUUUGAAGGAUUAUUUCACACUAUUGGAAGUUCAAAUGAUAUCAAAUUUUAUAAAGAUAAAGAUGCUUUAAUGAAACUUUCAACGUUCACAUUACUUAAUCCAGAUACAGCAUACAGAUCAUUUAUUGAACAAGAUUAUGUUAAACUUUCAAAUUAUUGUGAUCAUAUAACAAUUUAUUCCAAUUAUCGAGAUUUUGCACUUAAAAUUGGUGAAAUUUUAAGCGGUGAGAAAUCACUAGGACGACAAACAGGUGACUUGUCUUAUAAAGAUAACUUAUUAAAUGUGGACCUAAUCGAUACUACACAAUUGGACGUGAACAUCCAUAAGAUGAGACAUAAUUUCUUUAAUUUAAAUAGGUUAUUGGUUGAUGAUUUAUCAGAUAUAAUUGUAUUUGGGAAACGUGCGAGGGAAAGAAAAACUAGAUUAAGUGGUCGCAGAGGUGUUGGACGUGAGGGUGUAGUUUAUACCUUUUUAGUUGCACCGAGUUAUGUUGUUAAUAAAUAA